UGGGUUGCGGCGUGUUUGGUCGGCCUGGUCAUGGCAAGGGGAAAGCACACCCAAGCAACUUUGUUCAAUAUGUUGCUUUUACUUGCUUUGUUUCAGCCAUGGGAAGUCUUAUUCUUGGAGUUUCAGGCGAGGUAUCUGUGAGUGGCAUUGCAGAAAGAUGGAAGGAUCUGAGUGGAAGUAAGAACUGGGAAGGGCUUCUUGACCCUUUGGAUUCCGAUCUCCGGCGCUACCUCAUUCAUUACGGAUCAAUGGUUGCGGCAGUUUACGACUCUUUCAUUAAUGAACCAAUUUCAAAGAAUGUUGGACUGUGCCGAUACGCCAGGAAAAAUCUUCUUAGGGAAUCUGGCCAUGACAAUGGCAAUCCCUUCAAGUAUGAAGUGACCAAAUACUUUUAUUCACCCUCAACGGUUCCAACUGCCAUGGACUAUUUGAUUCAGCCACUGCGAGCAGACGCCGUGCUGAAGCAAUCAAACUGGAUGGGGUACGUGGCGGUGGCGACGGAUGACGGAAAAGCCGCGCUGGGGCGGAGAGACAUUUUGGUCGCUUGGAGAGGAACCGUCCGGCCGGCGGAGUGGGUAAAGAAUUUCGAAUUUUUGUUCGUAAAAGCGCCGUUAAUAUUCGGCCAAGAUUCCGAUCCUCUCGUACACAAAGGCUUCUACGAUAUGUACACCGCCGUCAAUCCAGAUCCUGUAUUGAAGGCUGUGAGUGCCAGGGAUCAGAUUCGUGAAGAAGUAAGCAGACUUGUGGAGCAAUACAAGGGCGAAGAAAUCAGCAUAACCCUAGCAGGACACAGCCUAGGUUCAUCCCUGGCAACCUUAACCGCAGUGGACCUAGCAACCAAUCCAAUCAACAAAAACACCCCUCCCAUCACAGCCUUCCUAUUCGCAAGCCCAAAAGUAGGCGAACACAACUUCAAAACCGCCGUUUCAAACCUCACCGACAACCUCAAAAUCCUCCGCCUCACCGACGCCAACGACAUCGUGCCCACGCUGCCGCCGUUCGGGGUCCAAGAAAACACAACGUUGCCGAUAUUAUCGUACGAGCAUGUGGGCUUGGAGUUCGACUUCGAUGCCUCGAAAUCGGACUAUCUGGACGGGUUUAAGGCGAGCUGGCACGCUCUGGUGACUUACUUGCAUGGGGUUGAUGGGUUUCAAGGGUCUGGGGGAGGGUUUAAGCUUCAUGGGGAUUUCGACGUUGCGCUUUUGAACAAGUAUAAUGAUCAGUUGAAAGGGAAUUACAGCCUUAUUGCGCCCGCGGAAUGGUAUGUUGUGAAGAACACAGGGAUGGUUCAGCAGGAUGAUGGGAGUUGGAUUCUUGACGAUCAUGAAGUGGAUGAUAUAUAA